AUGAGGCGAGAUUUGCUUGCCCCUUUCAUACUCGGCAGCUUGCGACUCGCAGCUGCCCAAGACGAUUCACCCAAAGGCUACUCGUAUCCCGAGACUAUCACUGCCUCCUACUCGGCUCCAUGGGCCCUUACCACACCGGAGACGUUGACUCUUUCUACCUCUCCGCCUUUGCAAACCUCGAUUUUAUCUCUUACUACGUCGAUCGUGUCGACUGUCGAGUGCAACGGGAACGGUGAAUGCUCGACAAAGUCACCUCUGCCCACCAGCAGCCUCACGGUUUUGUUGACGCCUGCCUCGUCCUCGCUUGGACAGGCCACUACCGGGGCUGCCACGCCCUCAACUGCAUCAACCCUGACGAUACUCCCUACGAGCGUGGCUUCUACUAUCGAUGUUACUGUCACCCUGAGCACAUGCCCUCCUUCAACCACAUGCUCUGGCCAGACAAUGACGUGGACCGGCGGUGCCGGCCCGACCUCGUGCCCAGACAGCCAGACUUGCUCGGCUGUGCUCCCUACGACCAGCAUGGACGGUAACUCGACUUCCGAGGAGCCAGCCCCGACCUCGACCAAUGCUGCGGCUGUGAAGGGAACUGAUGUUGCAGGAAUGGUGAUGGCUGCUAUGGCUGUUCUGGGCGUCGUGGUCUAG